AUGAUUCAGUUGGUGAAAGGCAUGCGAGUCAUGGUUACACACAACUUAGCAACUACCGCCAAUCUCUCCAAUGGAUCUCAAGGAUGUGUAGCCGAUAUUAUUUUAGAUGUGAGGGAGGAUCCAAUUUCAACAGAGGCUAUUGCUGAACGCAAGGUUUUCUUGCACUACCCACCAGCAAUGGUUAUUCUGGAACUGGACUUCUGCAAGCUACCUCCAUUACCAGGCCUGCAUCCUCGCCACGUACCAUUAACUCCAGUGCAGUACAAAUUCUCUAUUGGCUCCUCACCAGUGACCCAAAUCACACAACAUCAAUUGCCAUUAGUGCCUGCCUAUGCUUUUACAGAUUUCAAAUCUCAAGGUCAGACCAUUGAAUAUGUGUUGGUCGACAUCGGCAAGACAACAUGUUUUUCAUUGUCACCGUUUAACGUGUAUGUUGCAUUGUCCAGAAGCCAUGGACAAGAAUCAAUAAGGUUGUUGAGAGACUUCAAUAAAGAUUUAUUUCUUCGACAUCCCUCCAAGGAUCUGCACAUCGAAGAUGGAAGAAUUGAUGAACUAGUAAAGGAUACCAAAAAAUGUUUUGACGAAACGCAUCAUCACACAACAUCGAUUAAAAUGCAAAACAACUUGCCAUCCGCAUUAUUGGGCACAUUCUUGAUAGCUGAGACUCAGACACGAGGAUUGAGUCAUUUUCAUACCUUCCCUUGCUGCAAUUGGCUCUUGAGCGAUUAUCACGCAGCAAUUGACAUCACAGCUAUGGCACGAGAACUUCGCGGACAUCCAGCACUACCUGUUAUAAUUUUGUACCUUGUAAACUUUUGCAGUUAUACACAGUUCUUCCUGGAAGACAAUGACAUUGCCACUGAGAUAUUAGCAGCCCUUGAGAUGUGA